UCAACCCACCUCCCCCCUCCCCCAGAAGUUAGUAAGAAAUAAAUCAAGUCGAGGCUGAUUGAGAGGGAACAGGGAAGGGCUAAAUGGUCACUAGGUGAAAGUGGUGUGGAGCCAGGCAAGUGCCUUUGACGUUAGUUACUGUUUAACAUCUCCACCCACUUUGGAGUUGAUUCAAGGAUCGAGGCAGUGACAGGUUAGCAGGGCCCCGGCGCCUGGGACUGAACUACACUGAGCAGAUGGGAAGGGCGCACCUUGCUGCUGGCUUGGAGCUGAGCUGAGGGUUGGGGAAGUAAGCUGGGUGUAUCCUUGCGUGGCCCGGGGGCGAUGACAACAAGCAGAGGGGCUGCGGUUUAAAGAAAAGACACUUCUCCAACAGAGACAAACACCAUGAACACAUCUGACAAUGAAGUUAGCACUUUGUGUGCAAUCUGUGGGGACAGAGCAACAGGAAAACAUUAUGGUGCCUCUAGUUGUGAUGGAUGCAAGGGUUUCUUCAGGCGAAGCAUAAGGAAGAGUCAUGUAUAUUCUUGCAGAUUUAAUCGUCAAUGUGUUGUUGACAAAGACAAGAGGAACCAAUGCAGAUAUUGCAGAUUGAGGAAAUGUUUUCGAGCUGGCAUGAAGAAAGAAGCUGUACAGAAUGAACGAGAUCGAAUAAGUAACAGACGGAACAGCUAUGAAAGCUGCAGCUCAACUUCUAUCAACACAUUGGCUCAGGCUGAACUUCUAUCUCAUCAGCAGAUCUCACUGUCAGUUUCUGCAACAAGCACGGAUAUCACCACAAAGAAAAUUGCUAGUAUUAGUGAUGUCUGCGAGUCAAUGAAAGAACAGUUACUAGUUUUGGUGGAAUGGGCAAAAUACAUUCCAGCUUUCUGUGAACUGCCAUUAGAUGAUCAGGUUGCUUUGUUAAGAGCACAUGCUGGGGAGCAUUUACUACUUGGAGUGGCAAAACGAUCCAUGUUAUACAAGGAUGUCCUUUUACUAGGGAAUGAUUAUGCCAUACACCGCAACAGUCCAGAAAUAGAAAUUAGUCGCGUGGCAAAUAGGAUUUUGGAUGAGUUGGUGCAGCCUUUCCAAGAAAUUCAGAUCGAUGACAAUGAAUAUGCCUGCUUGAAAGCAAUUGUUUUCUUUGAUCCAGAUGCAAAGGCUUUAAACAAUCCAUCAAAAAUCAAGAAUAUGCGUUACCAAGUGCAAGUUAGUUUGGAAGAUUACAUUAAUGAUCGACAGUAUGAUUCCAGAGGGCGAUUUGGAGAAUUGCUACUGCUAUUACCUACUCUUCAAAGUAUAACUUGGCAAAUGAUCGAACAAAUUCAAUUUGUCAAACUUUUUGGACUCGCUAAAAUUGACAACUUGCUCCAAGAAAUGCUGCUGGGAGGUACAACGAGUGACCCAUCCCACCUUCAUCAUCCUGGGCAUCCUCAUGUAGCUCAAGAUCCACUGACAGGCCAAACCAUAUUGAUCAGUUCGAUGCCAGCAGCAGCUCACACUGAACCAAUGUCUACACCAGAAACCCCACUACCAUCUCCUCCACAAGGUUCAGGACAAGAACAAUACAAACUUGCUUCAAACCACCAUUCAGUCAUUUCUCAACAAGUGCCACUACCAAAGCAGAAGAGCUUGUGAUGUUGAACAUAAUUUUAUGAAUGACAGAUUGUGCUUUCUGUACGCAUCAAAAACCAGAAGCAUGAGUGAAGCUGAAGGUGGAAAGUAACACUGCCUUUCAGUACCCUUUGUAUUCAUGACUGAUUUAUUUCUUGACAUUGCCAAUAUUUUUUUUUGUGGGGUUUACCAUUUCAGGAGCAAAAAAGCUGUUGCUCUUAAACACAAGUUGCAAUCUCAGGUUGAUAUUUUAAAGGGAUUCAGUUAAAGUCUUAUCAUGACAAAGAAAUCUUGGUCCACAUCAAAAGUUUGUGUUAUAACUUUUAUAAAUUAUAGGUUAGAUUUACAUUCAGAUGGUUGCUUUACUAUUUUCCAUUCUGAUGUAACCUUAAUUUAGAUCUGCAACAAUGAAUAAAUAGGCAACUUCAUAGUUGUUUAUGUAUAGACUGUAAAUUCUGCCUUCUGAGACUGGCUUUACUUCAGCUUUUUAAAGUAAGUGAAAAUUGAAGAUGACAUUAAAGCCUAUAAAUUACAGAAUGCAUUACACAAUUAGCCAACCAAGGAUACUGAUGAUAUCCCAAUUCUGUAACUGAGAUGUAUGAUAUUGUAGCCAAUAUUGCAUUACUAGAUAGCGUUUAUUAUGUUGUACAUAGCUUUGUUAAAAAAUUUUCUGUUUUAAGUCUUGCCAUUUAAAUUCAUACCUCACAGCACCACCCUUGGUAUAUCUCUUAACAACAAGUUUGAUUGCCAGGUUUUACCGCUUGGUUUCAUAUUGCAUCGCCAGAAGAGGGAGCUUUACUGAAAAAUAAUGCAAUUCCUUUAUAUCAGAAUAUCAUUCUGUACCUAUUUAUGAAAUCUGUAGUAAUCUCAAAUCAGAUUUGCUUCCAGAGUAACAUCAAACCUUAAUAUUUAAUGCUUCAAUGUUGAUCUAUAGGUAGUGUUGAUCACUAGAAUUUGUUACAGUAGCCUUUGACUGAAAAGAAAGCUGCCUUAAAUUGCAUAAAUGUAUCUUUUCUUCCGUCUUGUGGAAAUAUGGUGAAUCCAUUUACUACUGUUUCUUGGUUUGUACAUACAGAGUGAGGAAUUAUAUAAUCAUUGUAAUUUAUUCUGAUGCCAUGAUCUAUUUUAUAAACAUGAAAUUAUUUUUGUAUGAAUUAUUGUGAAUGAAUCAAAAAUUAUCAAUUGCUGGAAGAAAAAUCAAUGUUAGACUGUAAAGUUUUCACAAUUUUUAAGUACUGGAGUAUGUAAGUGAAUUAAGGGCUACAUGUACGCAUUACACUUUCAGAAAAUUGGAGGUCUCCGCAUGCAAAAAUACAAAUAAAUGUUACACCUUUCGAA